GCUACUUUUGCCGUUCUUAUACUGUUCAGUGCUUGCCGCACUAUCGUGCUUCGACGCCACAGACCGGGGGGCGGGUCGUUGAUCGGAGAAGUCAAAGCAUGAAGGUAUAUUCUGCAAAAACGUUGACUACAGAAACGUGCGCUAUUUUAUGGAUUACAAUCAGCCUAGGAUAUAAUGGAUCUAUAAAAUACAACGCAUUGCAUAACUAGAUAAAGUCAUUAACCUACAAGUCUACGUGAGAGAAAUAUAAUAGCAGUAUAUGGAAAACCGUUUCCCAAGCAGUACUCUUCUGGUACAAAAAGAAACCCAAAACACGGCUUCACAACAGGACCUGUAAGAAGCAAGAAUCAGAAUAGCAAACCCUUUUGAGACCACACGAUCCACACUGAGAAAUCCAGCUCAUCCCAGCCUGCCCUCUGUAUCUGUCCAGCCAUGUCUAUCAUGGACCACAGUCCCACCACUGGGGUGGUGACUGUCAUCGUCAUACUCAUUGCCAUUGCUGCCCUGGGCGCCCUCAUCCUGGGGUGCUGGUGCUACCUUCGCCUGCAGCGCAUCGGCCAGUCAGAGGACGAGGAGAGCAUUGUGGGAGAAGGUGAGACUAAGGAGCCCUUCCUGUUGGUGCAGUACUCUGCCAAGGGCCCGCGGGUGGAACACAAGACCAAGCUCACUCCCAAUGGCCCUGAAAGCCACAGUUAACCCAGUCUGGCCUGUUCCAGAACACAUGGGCCCACAUGUGCACACUGUAUGAACUGCUUUCCAACAUUUCAUUGUAAAGUCCUCUCAGGUCCUUUGUAUGUGUAUGUGUAUGUGUAUGUGUUUUACAGUGAGCAGCACUAGAUGCGUUCAUAAGUUGCUUUUUCACAUCUCACACUCCCAAGUAAAUAGGAAAGGCAUGUCUUGAGGUAGAGGUGCCUCUCAACUUUGUAAUCAAUGCUGAAACAAUUGCAUGCACUGAGCAACCCUGUAUUUAUCAAUCACACCUUUCUUUUCAUGGUUUCUUUUUAUCAUUUUUAAAUACAUUUUAUAUGUAAUGUGAAGCACUAAUGUAUCUCUGUGAAUUCAAUCUUUAGUUGAACAUUUUUGCUGGAAAAGCAAAGACGAUGUGAAACCUGCAGAUUAUGUUGCCAUGCCCAGAGCACUGCAUUGACAUGGAAUCAAAGUGAAUGGCUUGCACUUUUCAAAGAAGUGAAUGUCAGAAUUGGUGUUACAGAACUUACCUGGACAAUAUUAAGAUUGUUGUCAGACAAUUAUGAUGAGACCUCUGUGAUGGUAUUAAGACUUUGUGUUUGUAAUGGUAACUGGCACAUCCUGUUUGGAUUGACCCCAGAUGGCUCGUUCUGUGUUUUUUUGCUGUGGUAAAAUAUCUUUGGAGACUAAAUGUUAAUCAAAGAGAUGUUUUACAUGCACAACAGCUGCCCUUUUGGCCAAUAGCUGGCAGCUUGUUUGUUUCUCCAAAAGUAAAGGAUGAGCUCAUGAUGGAUUUCCAAGUUGCUGUUUCAAGCAAUGCUAGAAUAUCCAGAAGGCUCGUCAUUUGCUGAAAUCGUGCUGCUUUAUAUUUGGAUGUUUCAGUCAAUGAGAUGUUUCAUUUACUCCUCUCAAUUAACUUAAGAAAAUGAAUAAUUAACAUUUUUUGUUUGAACUGUACAGUUAUCCUUAAAGUAUUGCUGUGUUAUAUUUAAAAAUUCAUUGUUCACAGGGUUGUGUAUUUAUUACUUUGUUGCUUUCCAUUUGUAAGCUAGAGAAGACUUUAUUAAUUGAUAAGGAAAUGUAUUUUUAUACGGCGCUUUGGUAAUAUUGCCCAUUUAUUAAUUUCCUGUGUCUCGUCUUACUGACAGGAUGCUAGUCAAAUUUAAAAUCUGAAACCAGUCACAUUUCUGAUGAUUGUGUCACCUGCCAAGUUUAUACAUUAAUGGGUACACGAAUGGGUACGUGAAUUUAACAUUUAGGGCAUUACAGUAUAGCGUGAUGCUCCAUGGCUGGUGGAAGUUGCAAAGCAGAUUUGCCAUUUCAUUCCUGGAAGCCAGCAUGUUCAGGAACUGUGUGUUUCUAUGUGCCAAUAACUGCCCUGCAGCUGACGUCAUCCCAAGUUAUAUUUAUAUGCUAGAGAUUGUGUUGCAAAAAUUUAUGUGUAAUGUUCAUGUGAUCCCCAUUUUCAUGGUGUGCUGGGUAUUAAUAAACAGGACAACAAUUUGCUUUCCCUAAAAUUAA